AAACCAGUCAAAAUGUUCGCGAGCGCUCGUCUUCCUCAACACGUAACUGGCAUGGGCGACUGAUCUUGAGUUAACUCGGAAAAUGCCAAGCUACGAACUUGCACUGAUUAUCAAAGCUCUGCAGAGGCCAGAGCUGGCUCAGACAAUACGCAGGACAUGCGAGAACAUUAUGACGCGUGGCGGUAUCAUACAGAAGAUGGAAAAUCUCGGUUUGAAGACCCUACCUUAUAGAAUGGUAUCGCAUGGAACCAGAAAUGCUGAAGGAAACUACAUUCUGAUCAAGUUUGACGGACGGACAAAUUCAAUAAUGUCAAUUGAAGACGAGCUGAAGCGAGAUGUGGACAUAAUAAAACCUAACAUCUUCAGAGAGGAAGAAGAAUUUGUACGACCCUGUUCAAAAGGACCGUGUGUGUUUGGUGAACUUCCAAAUCCAGAUCAUGAAAGGAGAGUUUGGAAACGAAAAGCACUGAAAAAGCUUAGAUACACCAAAGGAGAACAAGAACAAUUAAUGUGAAAGAACUUUAAAGCACCUGAUAAAUAUGUGUAAUAAUACCAUUAACAACUGUUUAACUGUAUAUCUGUGUGUGUUUGUGUGUCUUGUGUGUUAGUUACUAGGGAGAGUUUAUCAUCUAACAUUACAGAGAUGCAAAUCUAUAAUAUGAUACCAUGUGCAAGGCAUUUUUAACAGUUUCUGAUCGUUCUGAUUGCUCCUCAUCUUUUGAUCUGUAGUGCUGACUGCCUUCUUUGUACUUACCAGGGGCCUAAUUCACUAAACUCUCGCAACUUUGUGAUCUCGCAGUGCAAUGCUAAAACACUUAAAAAGAGGAUGCUUUGUUGUCUAGCAGAACCUAAGAGAGCUUUGU